AAUGGCUGGUCAAGGGGAGAGGAACCAACUGCUGAUUUAACAGUCUUUGAACUCAUUAAAUCUUUGAUCGCUCUGAUGUAUCAUUGAAUUUGUUGACAGUCCAGAAGUAUCAACGUGCUUAUCACGAGUCUGGCCAGACAUUUGCGUCAAUCGGUUUUUCCAUUUUCAUUCUUAUCGCCGAGCUUUAAUCGACUAUCGUUAAUGGCCCGGAUUUAGUCUGAGAGUGGGAUGAGACAGUGAGUGAUAUUUGGUGCACAUUGAGACCGUGACAAUGUAAAUGAAUGAGAGGUGGAGACGAAUAGAGUAGUGAAACUGAACUGUGAUUAAUCGAUUAGAUUGUGAUACAUUAGGAGGAAGAGAUUUUUCUGGAUUGAAGAUGUUUUUUAACGACACAUUACUCGUGUUGACGUACACAGCGGGCAUGAUGGCUACGUUGUCUAAUGAGACCAAGAGCCGGAGUUCCGAGGUUGGGGUCAAACUCCAUAAUGUAACGACGACGACUUUGUCACCGGAGGAGGCAGCGAACAAUUUUGAUUUGGAAGAUGAGUGGUAUAUGUGGCGAUGCUAUCGCCCCUACGGUUGCUUCUACAUCGGGGCACCUUGGUCGGGUGAGAAUCGUCCAGUGUCCACCUUCCCAGGGCGUCCCGACAGUGUCGAUCCUCAUUAUCUACUAUACACAAGAGGGAGCCCUUCGCCUCAUGAAUUACUGAUAGAUGACUUCAAUUCCAUUAAAACAUCACCGUUGAACAACACCCUGACCACAUAUUUCAUUAUUCAUGGGUAUCUCGACAAUGGAGACAAAUCUUGGAUUUUGCGAGCGAAACAAGAGUUGCUACUGCGGGAAGAUUGCAAUGUGAUAGUGGUAAACUGGAUUGGUGGUGCUGGGCCACCCUACCCCCAGGCGGUAGCUAACACGCGUCUGGUGGGUGCAAUGACAGCAAGACUAGCAUUGCAGCUGAUAGAAGUGGGUGGAGUACAGCCGCGACGUAUCCAUGCGAUUGGCCACAGUCUCGGUGCCCAUACCUGCGGAUACCUGGGCCAUCACCUUCGAUCGCAGUACGGCUAUCGUCUGGGAAGGAUAACAGGUCUCGACCCCGCUGAGCCGCAUUUCAGUAAUACCUCGCCGAUGGUGAGACUUGAUCCGACUGAUGCAGAUUUCGUGACUGCGAUACACACUGACUCGAGUCCAUUCAUGACUGGGGGGCUGGGGAUUAGUCAGCCUGUUGGGCACAUUGAUUUCUAUCCUAAUGGGGGAAAAAAUCAGCCCGGGUGCAAUAAUGGGGUGCUGAAUUCUAUUACUAUUGAGAAGGGGAGCUUUGUUAAAGGAAUCAAGAGAUUCCUGGGGUGCAAUCACAUUCGCAGUUAUGACUACUUCAUCGAAAGCAUCAAUACUGUCUGCCCAUUCUUGGCAGUCCCAUGUUCCUCCUGGAAUGAGUUUCAGCAAGGAAUGUGCUUCGAUUGUGUCAACCAAUACUGUCCCAGACUGGGAUUUGAUGCGCAACCAGGGAAUUAUCACGCAUCAGUGUACCUGAUGACGGCGUCAGAGAAGCCUUUCUGUCGGGGCCAUUAUAAAGUCUCGAUAAACAUAUCAAAGACUGAUGAGAGUGUGCAGCACGGCGGAGACGUUGGAAUUUUCGUCAUUAGAGUCAUUGGGGCUGGGGGGAAGAUGUCGGAGAGAAUUCCUCUGAGUGAAACAUCGAGGUACUAUGAACCUGGAACAUCACACACUUUGGUGCUCCCGGGCGAUCUUGUGGGGAAGCCAGAGGCAGUGGAAAUCAAGUGGGAGUAUCAAACAUCCGUUUUCAAUCCUUUAACCUGGAGAUUUCUGGAAAUACCGAAGGCUUUCAUCGAUAGUCUGAAGAUUGAGAGCCUUGAGUUCGCUUCUGGAAUCACAGUGUGUCCUGACGAAACAAAAGAAUUGAUGGCAAACGAACCAAGAAUUCUGACUGUCGACAAUUGUCGUCACGCUGACGUAAAUGUUGUGACAACGUGAAUGAAAAAAAAACACCUGUAUUAUAAUUAAAAUACAAUUGGACAUGAGAAUCAGAGGAACGAGUUGAAAUUCCCUCUCGGAUGAAUGAAACCAGGAGAUCUGGCUUACCGACACGACUGUUAAAUUCAUUCAAAAUAUUUGCCAUAAAAAUCAGUGGGCGAUCAGCGAUCGAUAUGCGAUGGCUAGAUCGACCGCAGAUGGCGCAGUGUGUAGUGCAGAAAUCCGUGAAAACUCGUGUUAAUGUUAUGUGAGCAAAAAAUAGUGGAGAGUUUAAAUGAUCGAAUGAGAGUGUAUGACUGGGUAAUUUUGCACAGGCGUUUCGUUACAUCAUAAAUAUGCUGAAUAUAUCCUAGCUUUUAAUUGCGGAAGUGUCAUAAACUAUUUUUUCAUGAUUAUGUGUAUGUGUGAUUGAACAAUAGCAAUUUAGGUAUUUAGUCUCACUCGUAAAAACUAUGAAUACCGUGUGAAAUGGAAUAAAAGAAAUCAUCUAAACGAAAGUGAUAAUAAAAUGAUCCAGGUAUUUUUUUUUUAUGUAGCAAUAACUUCCUCAAUUCAGGUGUUACAUCGCCUGCAGGCAACUGUGACGGUGGACUUUUAUUUCGUUAACUGCGCAAAAAUUAACCAACACUGCGGAAGUCCGCGUGAACAGAGCUCCUGAACAUAUGCCUAUUGUAUAUCGAAUUUUUAUUAUUCAUGUCAUCACGAUUAAUCUUUGUUGAGAAAGUAAAGAAUUCAUGGGAAGGAACGAAUCACCUCAACGUUUCUCUGAAAGUCCUCUGCAUUCCCAAUAAAAGAAAAAAACCUAUGGAGGAUAAGGUGAAAGACAACGAAAGAAUCAAUGGAAACUGUAAAUUUCAUUUCGGUUAUUCCAUGAAAAUUAAGAGAAAAUAAAACAGGGGCGCGCGUUGGUCUAUCACGUCCUUUACUUGCGAGGAUCUUAUUUUUCUUCAGUCACACGUCAAAUGUAUUAAAUUUUAUGCACUCAUAAAAGUCAAUGAUGCACAGGAACAAAAACGCAAUCGAUGAUGGAGAUGAACGAUAAGUGAAAGAUUAAUGAAUAAAGUUCAGUCUUUGACCAA